CUCCCGGCGGCUGUCGGGCACUGGGAGGCAGAGGGAGCUGCGCUCCGCUUUCCGAUCUGUUACGGAGGGACGCAAACCCGAGAGUCGGCUCCGAAUUGUCUCCGCUCGUGGCUGGGGCGGCCGCGCUCCGUCCUCGGCUCCUGCGGAAGCGGCGCUCAGGUAGCUUGACAGUGUCUCCAGGAAGGCAGCGCCCAUUGGUCGCCAGCCAUGAGGCUUACUCUGCUGUGCGCCUCGGUGAUGCUAAUGAGUCUGUCCCAGUGCCGAGCUGUCAGCUUUCCUGAAGAUGAGGACCCUAUUAACGUUGUUGACUACCACUAUUCAAGGCAAUAUCCAGUAUUUAGAGGACGCCCUUCAGGCAAUGAAUCGCAGCACAGACUGGACUUCCAACUGAUGCUGAAAAUUCGAGACACACUUUAUAUCGCUGGCAGGGAUCAAGUUUACACUGUAAACUUAAAUGAAGUUCCCAAAUCAGAAGUUACUCCAAGCAGGAAAUUAACAUGGAGGUCAAGGCAGGCCAAUGACAGAGAAACUGUCGUCAAAUGA